AUGCUAAUUGAUUUGGAUCUUGCCAAAGAAGUUGGAAGCGGGCGAAGUGGUGCGCGGCAUCAGACUGGCACAAUGGAGUUCAUGGCAAUUGAAGUGCUGCUCAAUAUCGACCAUACCUAUUGGCAUGAUCUCGAGUCAUUCUUCUAUGUGCUUAUCUGGCAAUGUAUCCGUCGCGGUUGGGAAAAGUUAGAUAAGCUACAGAGGCAGCCCGAAGAAAGCGCGCUAAGAGACUGGUACACUGGGACCUAUCAAAAAAUUGCACGAAGUAAGCGAGGCGACAUGUCUGUGGAUGGGUUUGAGGAUAUCUUAUCCGAGUUUCCUCCAAUAUUUGAGUGUGUCAAGCCUCUUUGUAGAUUCCCAUCCAAGGAUAGAAGAAUUAUCGUUGGUACCCCGCAUGACCCGAAACGCUUAUACAGUCCCAUUAUCAAGGCAUACAACGACGCGAUAUCUUCGAUCAGACAUCAAAAGUGA